AUGGCGAAGAACGCCGGAAAAACCGUGCUCGUCGUCGAUGCGAGGAACCCCGACUUUACGAUCGAACCCGACGACGAGAAGUUCGGGGGCGACGCGGGCACCGCGCCCAUUUCCGACUGUGGCACCGCCAAGCGCCCGAACGCGCUCAACAUCCCGUUCGACAGAGCCACGGGGUCUCUUCCCGCCGACGGUGUGGAGUCGCUGAACGCCAAGGCCGGCGGGGACAAGGGCGUGCCCAUUGUCACUCACUGUGGCGGGGGCGGCCGCGGGCAGAAAGCCAAGGACUACCUCAUCGGCCUGGGUUACACCAACGUCGUGAACGGGGGCGGGCCCAAGGUCACCGAGCUCUGGGAGCGCUUCGGAUCCCUGUAG